GCGCCCGGGCUGUGCUGAAUGUAAACACAGCGUUGAAAGCGUGACCGUGAUCUACAGUUAGGACUUUUAUACAGAAAUGAUUUUAGAUUUAGGUGUUUUAGAAAUAACAUCGUACUCUUCAUGACAGAGGCUUUCUUGUAGGAAAAACAUUGAGUGAGCAACGAAAAGGACGGUAUUUGCCAUAAUCUUUUUUUCUUGUGGAGUUUGGUGUAAUUAUGAUUUUCGGACAUGCUCUGGUCAGUUUAUCGUGGAUUACAAAAAGCUGCAGUGAACGCAUUGAAGACGAGUAAAGGACCGCCACCUUUACAACGUUUGCUUUGUACUUGUGACCAUGGUAACACAAACAGAUUGGCCGAUGCAGAGACCAUUUUCGCCCUGUCGUCGGGUCACGGCAGAUGUGGUGUUGCUGUGGUGAGGGUCAGUGGUCCAGCCUCUCUCUCAGCCCUGAGGAGCAUGGCUGGACUCAAACACACACCCCCACCUCCACGGACAGCACUAUUACGCAGCAUCACUGACCCAAGAACCAAAGAGGUGCUGGACCGGGGGCUUGUGCUGUGGUUUCCAGGCCCACACAGCUUCACAGGAGAGGACAGCGCAGAGUUCCACAUCCACGGUGGUCCGGCUGUGGUCGCUGCAGUUCUACAGGCUUUAGGAAACGUGGCUGGCAUGCGGCCGGCUGAAGCUGGGGAGUUCACACGGAGGGCCUUCCAAGCAGGGAAACUUGGGCUGACUGAGGUGGAGGGUCUGGGUGAUCUGAUCCACGCAGAGACAGAGGCCCAGAGGAGGCAGGCGCUGAGGCAGAUGUCUGGAGACCUGGGACGCCUUUAUCAGGACUGGAGCAGCAGACUCAAACGGAACCUGGCACACGUCGAGGCGUUUAUCGACUUCAGUGAAGACGAGCUGAUCGAGGAGGGAGUUCUGGACCAGGUGGACCAGUCCAUAUCUGAGCUCCAAUCUGAGGUUGAGCACCACCUGCAGGAUGAGCGGCGCGGGGAGAGGCUGCGCAGCGGCGUGCACGUGGUUAUCGCUGGAGCCACCAACGCGGGGAAGAGCAGCCUCCUCAACACACUCUGCCAGAGACCGGCUGCCAUUGUGUCUCCAAUCGCGGGCACCACUAGGGACGUAGUGGACACGGCUUUGGACAUCGGAGGUUUUCCUGUAGUUCUCAGCGACACAGCAGGACUCAGGGAUAGCGCCGACCUGGUGGAGAGAGAGGGGGUCCGCAGGGCGCGCCAGAGGGUGGAGCAGGCGGAUGUGACCCUGGUGGUGGUGGACUGUGCUCAGAUUCCAUUGGACCAGCCCACAGUCUCCUUCCUCCGGGACCACAUUAAGACCGUGCUGCCGUCCCAGGACCCCAGUCACACAGAGCAGUGCAUCGUGGUGCUGAAUAAGCUGGACCUGCUGACGGAGCAGAGGAGACAGAGGCUUCGCUCAGACCUAAGCUCAUGGACGGCCCCUCCCUCUGUCUGCUGUGUCUCCUGUCUCACCGAAGAGGGACUACAGCACUUCCUCUCGCAACUACAGCUCAGGGUCCAGCAGCUGUGUGGAGACCCUCUGUCCGGUGGCCCCUCGCUGACUCAGGCGCGGCACAGAUCUCACCUGCAGCUCUGCGUCUCUGCUCUGAAACAGUUCCGUCGUUACCGGGACUCGGACCUGGCUCUGGCCGCUGAGGGGGUCCGCCUCGCCCUCACCUGCAUCGGGCGCAUCACGGGACGGGUCGGGCCUGAAGAGAUCUUGGACAUUAUCUUCAAAGACUUCUGCAUCGGGAAAUAAAGUGAGGAGUCAGAGCGGAAACAUGUGGACAUAAGCAAUAGAGCUGAACUGUCCUGCCUGUUUUGAAGUAAAUAGCACAUUAAGUUCUUACCAUAGGCUUAACAUUUUAAUUUAAUAAAAAGUUUUGGAAAAGAGUC